AUGAAAGGCUCGACGGCCCUCGCUGUGCUUCUCGGGCUGGCUUCAGCCAGUCCGACGCCGACGGCCGAGGUCCAAACCCAGCACAAGGCACCUUGGAAUCUCCGAACAAUCUCCCAUCGGUCUAGUCCUAGGUUUCCGAUGGUCAAUUUUUUCCGCAACUUCAAGUACUACUAUCAAUCCUGGCCCAGCGACAAGACGUACUAUGCGUAUGUUGUUGAUUCAGGUGUUCGAAUUUCACACAAAGAGUUUGAGGGUCGGGCUGAGAACCUUUGGACUGCCUUGAAAACGAGAGAUGGCAAGGACGAUUUUGAGGAUAAGAGUGGUCACGGCACUCAUGUUGCUGGAACCAUUGCCGCCAAGACAUAUGGUGUGGCCAAAACUGCCCGGGUGGUUUCUGUCAGGGUCCUCGACAAGGAGGACCGGGCGCCAACGUCGACAAUCAUAAAGGGCCUAGAGCAGGCCAUCUCCGAUAUCGCAAAAAAGAACCGCCACAAUAAUGCCGUCAUUAACAUGUCGGUGGGGGCGGAGUGCUCCACGGCCAUGAACACCAUAAUUCAGAGGGCGUAUAAGCGCCGGGACGCGAGCGGUAAAGGCUUGGCCAGUAUUCUUGUUGUAGCCGCCUCCGGCAAUGAGGGUGCCGAUGCUUCCACCUGCUCACCCGCUUCGUCGAAUGACGCUUUAACCGUGGGGGCCAUCGAUUCAUCUUGGAACGUUGUAAAGUGGUCUAAUUACGGGAGAAAGGUCGAUAUCUUGGCUCCUGGAGAUGGGGUCACCUCGCUUUCUAGUAAGAGCGACUAUGGUACCGAAACCAUGUCGGGCACUUCAAUGGCUGCGCCCCAUGUUGCUGCCCUGGCACUAAACGCCAUGGCCGUCUUCUCCAAGUUGAGCAAUGAAGUCAAGUUUUAUCUGGGACAGACUGCCACCAAGGACAUGAUCAAGGGUGACCUUCGUGGCGCGCCAAAUUUGCUCGUGAAUAAUAACAAUAAUGAACAGGAGAGCUGUGAGCGCCGCAGCCAGCCAAAGAAUGAGAAUGAGGACGAUGCUUGUUGA